UAAUACUUCAGCUGCUGUUUAGACGUACAGUGUUAAGCAGUUAUUUCUUUACCAGCCAACACUGUAUUUGGAGAAAAUACAAGUCUUAAGAAACAAGAGAAUUAUCAGGCAACAUCUUAUGUGAUUAUGGCAGCAUCCCACAAGAUUGCUUUUAAAGAGAUGCCUGAUAGCCCAGCAGUCUCCCCAGGAUUUGGUUCAGCAACAUUGGGAAACCUACAACAGAGUCAAAAGAACAGCACUGAGAAUCUGAGAGGAAACCUAAGAAACUAUAGUGAAAGAAGGCAGGAUUUUAAUAGACAGGACUCCUAUGGUCAUGAAGAUGGACCUGAAAUGAGGAAUAUAAGCAAAAACAGUCCAUGUCCUGGAUUCACACCUAACCAGAGUUCUGAAUGCUGCAUCAGUAAUGCUAAAGAAAAAUCCAGGCAUCACCUAACAGAACAGGGUGAUUCUGCAGAGAAUGUUUCUUUUCGUUCUUUGCAAGACAAAUCUUUAUAUUCUUGUCAUUCUGAAGAACCAGAAAAUCAAUCAUCAAGAACACAUGAUGCAAGUAGACAGAGUGGCCUGAAACAAGCAGAGAUGCAACAGCAACGAAUUGAUUUAGAGACAAUCGAUAAUGUCAUAGGAGAUGAGCUUGAUGGUAAAUCCUCUUCUGGCCAUCACUCUUGUAAUCAUGCUCUAGAAAGCACAGCCCCAGAGACACAUGUUCCAUCACUUUUACAGAAUCCUGUAAAAUUACCUGAUACAGCCGCAGAAGGAAUCUCUUGUUUAAAUCAGUCCAGUCCAAGGAGGUCACAGUCAGAGCAUUCUCUUACUGAAAGCAAAAAUGAAAUAAAGUCUAAGUUGCAGCCCGUAUCUUGCAGCAAAAGUGUUGAGCAAUUAAUUAGUACACCGAUUGAGACUACCGCUUCCCAAUUUUCCUCCUCCUCCUCCUCGUCAUCCUCACCUUCCAUUUCAUCACUGAUAGAAGGCAGAACUCUGGGGUCAGAACAAAACAAUCACUAUAUAGAUUCCAGUAAUGCUUCCAAGCCCAGUAUACUACCAACUGGUGGCAACGUGCCCAUCCAAGCUGAGGCUACAGAGAUGGAUGGAACUCAAAACAGCCAUGUGACUCUUCUCAGGGCCCUGCUCACUGAAAAAGACGAGGAUCUCAAUCAGCUCAACAAAGAAAUGAAGAAACUUCAGCUCAUCAACAAGCAACUAUUAGAGGAACAAAGCUUAGGAAUGUCAACAAAUAAAAGAUUUCAGGACAAGACUAACAAAGCUCUUGAAAACAAGGUAAAAGGAGACACAACUGACUCUAAUCACACUGCACCCGUAGUGCUACAGCAAAGAAUCGAGGAUCUAAACAGAUACCUCAAAGAGCUUCAGGAGGCCAAUGGUAAUGCUGUCAAUGAACUCAUGAAGGCUGAUGAGGAAAUCUCCCAACUGAGAGGUGAAAUGGCUAAACUAAGAUCAAAAUAUGCUGAAGAGCUGCAGGAUGCCAAGAAACAGAAUGACUACCUUAAAGAUAAGAUUAACAGAUUGCAUUACGAUCUAUCCAAAUUUACUUUGGAAGAGGAUGCUUUUGGCUUAUUGGAUGAAAUCCAUCAAUUACGGAACGAGUCCCGAAAGCUCAGAGAAGUCAAUCACAAACUUGAUGAAGAAAACCGUCAAUUAAAAGAAGUGCUGUGGGAUUUCAAACAAGAGCGGAAAUGGCUGUCAAAGAAAAUCUUCAAGAAAAAGAGGGUUGAAACGGCCAAAAGGGGUAGUGGUGCAAAAUCUCCAAAGAAGUUGGACCUACCUAAAAAACAACAGGAGACUGACAAACAGAAAAGGUCUUCUCUUCUAUUCCAGUCACAAGAAACAUCUCUGUCUUCACAGUUCAAAUUUGAAUAUUUCAAUAUUGAAGAGAGGAGUGGUUCAAACAAAUCGAGUGAGCAAGUGACCUUUGAUCAAGGGCUACAAACAUGGGACGAUGAAGACAAAAACCGAGCUACAUGCAACGCCUCACCCAUUUCAGUGGCUAGUGACAACACAGAGGCUCUCCUUGCAUCUUGCAAUGAAGUGAACUUUGAUCAAGCCUCAAAUUCAAACAAACAGCAACUCAGAGGUAAUCUGUGUGACGUAGAUGGGGCGAGCGAUGAUGAUAUGUCAUCUGUAAGCCAAGUUAAUGGUCAACAUCAGUUUCCACCAUGUUCCAGUUCAAUUCCUUGUAACUCCACAACUUCUUCUCCUGGUUUUUGGAUCAACUGCCUCAACAGAAAAAACACAGGGAGGUUAGUGAGGAAAGGUCUUCGGCAAUUAAGGCCCAUUGAUAAAGGAGUAUUGCACCGACGUCCAUUCGCUCCCAGAAGCAUUGCAGAUCUGAAAAUUGGGCACCUCGUUAAAUUCUCCCGACCUGCAGGGAAAAUCAGCAAAGGAUUGAUUAAAUACUUGGGUCACUUACCAGGUCGACAGGAAGCAUACCUGGGUGUGGAACUGGAAGGCGACGAAGUAGGACGGCAUAAUGGAACAUUUGAAGGAGUUCGUUAUUUCAUUUGUAAAUUGAACAAAGGUGUCUUUGUCAACUUCAAUAAAGUUAUUAUGGCGUGGGAGUAGAAAGGAAGGAAAAUAACUUCUGAAGUGAAAAACAAAAGAAACCACCGUCUUUCUACCUGGACCUAGAAUUUCUUCAAUUGUAAAAUUGUGAAUUUAUACUUCUCAGAGACAGGGAUGUCAUACGCCUCAUUUUAUCUUGUUUGUAGAAGAGGCUAAACUGGACUCAGUGAAACUUCUCUGUUCUUGCAAGAAUACCAGCGAUCGAGUUACAACAAUUUGUGGGAGAAUUGGAGUUGGAUUAAAAUUAGUCCCUGAAUUGUUUGAAGUAUAAUUUCAAAUAUGCCAAACUAGCAAUGUAGUAAAAAAGCUAACAACCCAAUUGCAAUGUCUAUCAUAUGUAAAAUGACAGGGGUUUUGUAAAUUAAGCUGCGGUCAUCUCCAAUUUUCCUGUUUGCAUGAGAGAAGAAAACUCAUGAAGUACAUGAAAACCAAUGGGUGCAAAGGUUGGCUAUGCAAUCUGAGCAGACCCAGAAGCAAACAUCCUUGGAAAAUAUUGAAUAUAUGAAGACUUAUGCUUAUUGGUUCAAAUUAAAUAACAUGCUUCAGUAAACUGCCCUCUCAUUUCCAGAGAUAUCCCUGAUACCUAGCAUUAUUCUUACCUUUGUUGCA